GUUGGCGACUGCCACUUUGCGAAGCAAUGGCGAGACGUCCAGCCCCGAGAGUCAUUCGAGCUGUUGCAGCUGGCCGAACUCCAAGAGCAAUGCGCCAGCCUAGCGCGCGAGAAUCCGGAAUUCAAGGCCUACGUGGAGCAUGUGGCUCGUGAGCUGCGGAGAUACCAACAGCGGGGCAGACAGCACACCACGCUCGGGCAUCGCGAUCGUCGGUAUGGCACCUCACCGCAGGUGUUUGCUGAAGAUCGAGUUGGCGACUUGGAUGCCACCAUGAGCACCGAAGAUCCCAUGCAGACCCUGACCCAGGAGAACUGCCAUUUGAAAGAGCUCCUUCAGCGCAUGGAACCUGGGAUGUUUGACUCCACAGCCUCGACUUUGGCCCCUCGUGAGCAACAGGCAGAGCUCCAGGAGCUACACCAUCUCCACAUGGAGCAAAAGCUGGCGCUAGCCCAGCAGAAUGAACAGCUGAAGUGGGAAGUCAGGCGCCUAAACCGGCGAGUCAUUGCAGCGCGGCAACAGCAUCAGAUAGCAGAGAAAGGCUUGCAGAAGAAGGAGGAGGAACUGCAACAGACGCGCAAGGAGCUAGAGGCCUCCAAACGUGAGGCCCAACAAAUGGCACAAGUCCAUGAAGAGCAGGCAAAGCAGAUGGCACAAGUCCAUGAAGAAAGCCUGGCUAACUUAAGACAGUGUGAGGGAAAGUUGGCAGACCUCCAGAUACAGAACGCCUGCUUGAAAACUGCAGAGGCUGCAGCUAGGAGAGAGGCGGAAAGCUUGGAGGCGGGCUUGCGCAAGGAGAUUAACGCCAUAAAGGAAGCUGGGGACUUUCAGCAGAGGGUGUCGAAAGACCUCCGCAAGCAGCUUGAUGAGCGGGAAGGGGCCUGUAAGAGACUGAUGCAUGACAGGGAGCAGCAGACGCAAAAGCUCGCCGAUUUGAUGCUUCAGAAGGCCAACGUUGAACAUCAGAAUGAUCAACUUCAGAGGGAUUGUAAAGAAGCACAGCAGGCACGACGAUUGUUGGAGCAGCAUGUUUCUGAGCUGCAGCAGCAACUGGCAACUCUCCGGGCAAGUUGCCCCGCAAAUGCCGCAGAUGGUGGUGACAAGUCUGAUAGGCUUGCCCAAGCUGUGGCAGAGCAUGCCGAGAAAUUUGGCCGUGCUGCAGCAGAACAGACCGAAAAAUACGGGCGCGCAGCUGCAGAGCAGGCUGAGAAACUGGGACGUGCUGCUGCAGAGCAGGCGGAGAAGCUGGGACGCGCUGCUGCAGAGCAGAGCGAGAAACUUGCCGCUGCUGCGGAGGAGAAGGCUAGAUUGCAAUCCCAGCUGCAGGCUACGGAGAAGCGCCUUAGCGAUUGCCAUCAGGAGCUGAAUUCUGCGUCAUUCAAGGCCAAGUACGCCGAAGAAUGCUUAUCAAAGGUUCAUGCUGAGCUUCAGGACACUCGGCUCAGGGCAUGCAGCCAAUUAGAGGAAGCAAAGCGUCAAGCUGAAGCAGACAGCCGACGGCUCCAGCGCAAGAUGCAAGCUUGGCAAGCAAGGGUAGAAGAGGAGGAGGAGCAUGCACUGCAGCUCCUCAGAACUGAGGAGUCAUUGAGGCGACAGCGGGAGGCUGCCUUUGACUUGGAACGCACGCAGUUGGAGUCUCAGGUUCAGCGACUGCGACAAGAGGUGGCCUCAAUCCGCCUGAGGCUCCGCAAUGGGGUGCAGACACUUGUUUCCUCCCCUGAAUUUGUCCUUCAAGUUGCCCACUAG